ACACGUAUUAUUAGUUGUGGUGUUUAGCGUAAUUGUAACAGUUGCAUUUAGUGGUGAUACAUAUGAAUGACUGAGCGUCUGUGUUCCCUCAGACAGGAAGUAGAAGUGACUGGUGCCUCAGACGGAGGAGAGGAGCGGAGCAGUGCGCACUCCCUGGAACUCCUCUUCCUGGAUGCAGACGUGUCUUUAGGAAACAGAUGUAGUCUGACACACAGCAUCACCUGGCAGUGAACUACAGAGCCCAGCAGUUGUAGCCGAGUCCCCCGGGUGUGGAGGAUCAGUGAGUAGAGAUGGCUUCUAGCAGGGAGGUGGAGAAGCUGCAGAUCCGGAUCAGAGAGCUGGAAGAGGAGCUGAGGAGAGUGCAGAGCAAGCCGGACACACACAGGAACAAGAUACACAAGAUGAGUGCUGAGGUGGUGGACUCCAACCCAUACAGUCGUUUAAUGGCUCUGAAGCGGAUGGGAAUUGUGGAAGAUUAUGAGAAAAUUCGCAGUUACACGGUGGCUGUAGUUGGCGUUGGUGGAGUUGGCAGUGUCACUGCAGAAAUGCUAACAAGAUGUGGCAUUGGUAAGCUGCUGCUGUUUGAUUAUGACAAGGUAGAGUUGGCAAAUAUGAACAGACUCUUUUUCCAGCCACACCAGGCAGGUCUCAGCAAAGUGGAAGCCGCGGAGCACACACUGAGGAACAUUAACCCUGAUGUCCAAUUUGAAGUUCACAACUACAACAUAACAACCAUGGACAAUUUCCAGCACUUCAUGGACAGGAUAAGCAAAGGUGGAUUAAAAGAAGGGGAACCAGUAGACCUCGUAUUGAGUUGUGUCGACAACUUUGAAGCACGUAUGGCAAUUAACACAGCAUGCAAUGAACUGGUACAGAUCUGGAUGGAAUCUGGAGUCAGUGAAAAUGCGGUGUCCGGACACAUCCAGCUUAUUAAACCCGGGGAAACGGCCUGUUUUGCAUGCGCACCUCCCUUAGUGGUUGCAGCAAACAUUGAUGAAAAGACUUUGAAGCGUGCCGGUGUGUGUGCGGCCAGUCUGCCCACCACAAUGGGAGUCGUAGCUGGAAUACUUGUGCAGAAUGUUCUCAAGUAUCUCCUAAACUUUGGCACAGUGAGCUUCUACCUGGGAUACAAUGCAAUGCAGGACUACUUCCCAACCAUGUCCUUGAAACCUAACCCAUCCUGCAGCGAUAGAUACUGUUUGCAACGGCAGGAAGAAUUCAAGUUAAAAGAAGCAGCGAAGCCUAAACCUGAAGUUGUAGUGGAAGAAGAAAAACCUGUUGUACACGAGGAAAACAAUUGGGGAAUUGAGUUAGUGUCUGAGGUUUCUGAGGAAGAGUUAAAGGAGGCUUCUGGACCUGUCCCCGAUCUACCAGAGGGAAUUACUGUGGCAUACACCAUUCCUGUUACGAAACCCACAUCAGGAGUCACUGUGGAGGACUCGGAGCAGAGUCUGGAGGAGCUCAUGGCUCAGAUGAAGAACAUGUAACUUGCCAGUUCAUCAAGCAACAAAUUAUUCUCCAUUGUACAGAGAACUUGCUUCUUAUUUACUUUGUCAUCUCAUCAGUCCUCAUUUAAUAAAGCCUGACAAAAGCAGUGCACUGUCCUCCGAAUAUCCAAUCAAGUUCACACUUGCAGAGUCUAACUGCUAUAUUCCUUGGCUUGAAUCUGCUUGGUUACUUUUGGGCAGCAAGAUGCUUAUAAAAAAAGUCCAUUAGAGUAAAUCUUUCCAUAGAUGAGUAAGGGAGCUGCGAUUGUCAGCCUUCUCCUAAAAUUCUAGUUGCCUGGUUGUUGUACUGACCCACUUGGCCUCAACACUUUGAGUCACUGACCCAGAACAAGUAAGCAGAUAAUGAAAGUCAUAAACCCUUAUCUGACUGCUUGUUCUGUGUCAUAUAGAAGAAAGAGGGUCAGUAUGACAACCAGGUAACUGGAAAAUUUACAAUAGAUGUUUCUAUCAUGACAGGUUUUCUUUACUUUGUAGAGAUA